AGUGGAGAGAGAGAGAGGGGCAAAAAAAAAAGAGAGAGAGAGAGGCAAAAAAAAAGAAAGAACCUUUUUUAUAGUAGGAUAUUUUUUGCUGCUAAGAAGGUUCGAAGGGGAGACCUCAUUAAUGAGGAAUUUGGGUGUUCUCUUUUUUUCCUUCUUUUUUCUUUAAAACACCCAAAAACAAGCCCAACUUGUUUUCAUUUUUCUGUUCUUUACAUCCCUCUUUUUCCAAAAAUUGGAGAACCAAAACUCAAACUAAAUAGCUUUUUCUUGUUUAUUAGAAUUUUGAAAUCAAAAAAUUGUUUUCAAAAACCAAACCAAACAGGCCUUACAUUCUUGGUUUGUAGUUUUUGGGUUUUUUUUUUUAUUUCCAUGGCAAAUUUUGCAUUUGUAUGUUCAUCAAAUUGAGUUGUGCUUCUCUGUAUGUCUUUUUCAUUUCUUCGCAUGGUUGAAAUUGAAUAAUAGAUCUUUAGUGCUUUGGUAUAUAUCUGUUCAAUGCUUCUGAUACUUAUCUUCUCUCUCUAACAGCAAUCAGUUGCUAUUCGGAAGGAGGUUGAGUGUUCUACCGGGCACAUCACUAGAAUUGAUUGUGUUCUUAUAUUGGUUUUGUUAACGAAUUGUCAGAAGUUUUUGAACCCACAAGGUUGGAUCUAUCAACCAAAGUUAAGGUCUACCAUACCACAUGGACAAAGGAUAUGAUAUUUUAGGGAACAAUAGUAUAGAAGAUGUUCGAUGGCUUUGUUCUCUCUCUGAGUCUGAGCUUGAUUUUUUAAUUAGCUUAAAAAUGCUGGUCAUUCAACGUGCUAAAAAAAUUGGUCAGGAAGCUCUAGCCAACAAGUUUGAUUUGAGGAUGCUUCGAGCCCUUGGUUUCAUUUUAAUGGAGCAUUUUAGCGUGCAAGUUAAGGACGUGUCAGUGAUUCCAUGUUUGGCUGAGUCAUCUGCAUUUUUAGCUGGAUGCAAUUUAUUAAAGCAUAAUCUCGAUGACAGUUUUAGUAAUAUGAGUAUUGAAGACUUGAAGGCAUUAGUUGGCUCUGACCAAAGAAAGAGAAUUGCUGAAAUGUUUGUGGAUGAGAUUGCUCUCAACCAGAAGAGAAAACUGUAACCGGAAUGUCCUUGUAGAUGGUUCAAGUGAUUACAUUCUCCUAUUGUCUAUACGACUCCUGUUCUUCAGAGCCUUUGAUUGCAUUUUGUCCUUGGGAUGAGGAGAGUUCCUACCAAUGUCUUAUUAGGUCUUAUCAUUCGCAAUUUCGCAUCAUUGAUUCUGAUAAUUUUGAUUUUUGCAAGUUUAUUUGUUGCUUUUUGGCCAUGUAUUCUUUUUCUUCGUUAUCAAUUUUGUUUUUGAUCUGUUCCAUAUGUUUUUUUCCAGUACGUAGAAAUUAGCAACCAUUUGUUUAUAUUCUUUUACCGUACCAAAUUUACAUACUUUCAUGUGUCACCGGAGGAUCCAUACAUGGAGAUUAUGG